AAUAUGGCGUCCUACGCAGUUAGCUGAGUCGAAGAAUCAAAACACUAUUACUUAACAGUGACGAUAUUAUUAGUAUUAUGGACAAGAAUAUGAAACUCUUACUGAAUGUGGCGAAAAGUGUUCAUAAUCCAUCUUUUUACAAAUGUCCCGGUCGUGACCUGAGCUCUUUGGCAGACAGCGGACUGAAAGCUGAAGGCGACGGGCCGCUGGUGAUUGUCGGGUCACGCCGGGCUUUGGUGCGGAGACUCGGGACACAGGUGGAGGUGAGGACGGCCUUCAUCACCGAGGAGGAGGAGGGUGCCCUUCUGCGGGAACUGGAACCCGGUUUGAAGAAGAAACGUUACGAAUUUGAUCACUGGGAUGACGCUAUUCAUGGAUACAGAGAAACCGAACGUGUUACGUGGGGGGCAGCUUGCCAGACCAUCUUAGCCCGCGUCCGAUCAGUAGCAUUUGCUUCUGGAAGCUCACUUCUUGGGCCUGUCCAUGUCCUAGAUCUGGACAAGACCGGCUACAUCAAACCUCACAUUGAUAGUGUCAAGUUUUGUGGCAGCACCAUCACAGGGUUGAGUCUUCUCUCAGAUAGUGUCAUGCGUUUAGUCAAAGUAGAUGCUCCCAGUGAGUGGCUAGAUCUGCUGCUGCCCAGACGCUCCCUCUACAUUCUAAGAGAACAGGCCAGAUACAACUUCACUCAUGAGAUCUUAAAAGACAAGGAGUCUUUGUUUAAUGGACAAAAAGUGCCUCGACAGCGACGUAUCUCUGUUAUAUGUCGGAAUCUUCCGGCUUAAUAUGCACUUCACCACAGCUGGGAUAUGAAUUCUCCCUGAGCCCCAAGGACAAUGUAAAUGGCCUUUAUUGCUUGAGUUUACUAUCCUCACUGUUUAUAUCAAUAGCAGUAGUAGAAUGAAGUGUGUAAGACUUGUAUUUGAUGGAAAAUGUGUACAGUAUGCCCAGAAUCCAUAUUUUGAUGAACUAUAAUAACAGGCUCCUUGACAUGCAAAUUGAAAUAUCUCUCAACGUUUCUCUAAAAUGCAGUCCUCUGUGAGGUAUUGUCCCUUACAAAAAUUCAAUUUGUUGGCUUAUUGACAAUCGUAUUAAAUCUUUGACAAUAAGGCUGGGUGGAGUGUUGUAAAUGGUUCACAAAAAAGAACGUUUAGUCUUCACAAUUAAAAAAAAAAAAAGCUUUUAUAUCCUUAGUAUUAAGUUAAUUUCAUAAUUCAUGACCAUGAAUAAUUCUUGAUGACCAGUAGGUGGAAGCAGCUCAUUACCUUUGGAUCGUAUCACUACAGUUUAUCGAAGAGACAGCUUUCAUCUGCUUUUCACAAUCUGUGCAUCAUUCAUGGUUAUGUAAGAAUUAAAAACUAGUUACUCAGAUUCAACGUUUGCAUAUAUUUUGGUGUUUCUGUUAAAUUUGUACUUGUCUACCAAGCAUUCAAUGAGAUAUUUGAUUUCAUAUUUGCAUGAGCUCCUAAAACCAGCAAAGGUGUACCGUUUGGUCAUCCAUAUCCUGCGUCUGAUUUUUUUUUGCCAGUUUUACUGCACAAAGAUGACAACAAUGGGAAAACUGUAAGCUAAUGCAUUUAGUUUAAUAUUAACUUUAUCUUGCAGGUCAACAUAUGUUCAACAUCAUCAAGGAGAUGCCCCUAUCCUAAAAAAAAGUAAUUCAACACCACUGAAAUACUUCAGCUUACUUUUUUCAACAUGAUUUCUGUUGCAAAAUAAAAAAUUAAGUUAAGAGUUUGGGGGAAAAAAUGUCACCCACCAAUUAUUCAUGAGGGGAGCAGUUAAACUCCAGAUGAGAUGUCACAUCACAAAAAUAACAAAACACCAUAAAAUGAUCCCUUCACUUCCCUCCAUACCCUAAGGUCCUGUUUAUUCAAGCCAUUCAUUUUCUGCAGUGCUUGUCCUCAUAUUGCUUGUAUUGAUGUUAUU